ACGUCGAUCCGCCUGGUCGUCAGGGGAGGGCCUUGGUUGUCAAGGUGCCGCCGCUCUGCUCGUAGGCCGGGGGGUUGGGCCGCGGUUUAAUGUCAGCCUGCCACCUAGUCCUUGACAUAAUGUUCUAGUGGAUCAUCCUCCACGUCCCGGGCCCGACUGCAAGAUGGCGCUCCGUUACUCGGCUCUCUUGAGCGUUGUACUGGCGCUCGGGCUCCAGAGACCGGUCGCUGGAAGGACUCUGAGAUUCGUCAAUCUGAUUUUUCGUCAUGGUGACCGAUCUCCUACGCAAACGUAUCCGACAGAUCCAUAUACUGAGAAGGACUGGCCCCAAGGCUUUGCUCAGCUUACCCAGGUUGGAAUGAGGCAACAAUACGCACUGGGCCAGUAUCUUCGACAUCGCUACAAUGACUUCCUCAACUCCAUUUAUGAUCGGAAUGAGAUUUAUGUUCAAAGCACAGAUAUUGACCGGACUCUGAUGAGUGCUGAAGUGAAUCUUGCCGGCCUGUACCCUCCACAAGGACGACAGAUCUUCCAUUCCGACUUGAAAUGGCAACCAAUUCCUGUGCAUACUAUGCCUGUGGAAAAUGAGAAGUUUCUCAAGUUCCCGCGAAAAAACUGUCCCCGCUAUCAACAGCUGCAGGAGGAGACGAUGAAGAGCAGAGCAGUUCAAGAAAAAAUCCAUGAAAAUAAGGAUUUUCUUGAUAUGGUAUCUAAUAAGACCAAGAUGAAGGUGACGAUAGAAAAUGAAUGGAGAGUUUAUGACACCCUAUUUUGUGAGAAAACUCACAAUUUAACCUUGCCUUCCUGGGCAACACAAGAAGUGAUCGCUCGUCUGGGAGAACUGAAUGACUUUGGCGUGGAAUUCCUUUUCCGACUCCACAAAACGGCAGAUAAAUCUCGGCUGCAAGGGGGUUUGCUCCUCAAACAAAUCCUGCAAAAUAUUAAUCAAGCAAUAAACGAGUCUGCUCCAGCGCCACGUCGUAAAUUAAUCAUGUACUCAUCGCAUGAUGUGACGCUCAUCGCUUUGCAGAUGGCACUGAAUGUGUACAACAGUAUCAUUCCCCCGUACGCUACCUGUUAUAUGUUGGAGCUGUUUCAAGAAGAUGACAGGUCCUUCACUAUAGAUAUGUACCUCAAGAACCAGUCUGAUUCACAGUCCGAGCCACAUCUUCUGAUUCUUCCAAACUGUACCAGGCAUUGUCCCUUGCAAGACUUCAUUCGACUAACCAAACAUCUGAUCACUGACAACUGGGAGAUGGAAUGCAAGAUCGUUGACGAGUCCGUGCAUGCAGGGAUGAUUCUGGGUGUUAUGCUGGGCGUGUGCUUUGCCAUGUUGAUCUUGUUUGGGAUUAUCCUGUACUGGUGCUGGAACUACAAGUCGCAACGGCAUCGAGUGCCGACUAGCAGCGAUGAACUGGCCUGACUGUCAUUGGCCUUACUCGAACCAGCCGACCAGGAAGAGGAUUGACUGGAUUGCUAUUUGAGCCAUCCUAUGCUGAGGGAUGCUGGAGGAACCUGGAGAUGUGAGAUGGCAGACUAAUUGCUGCAGGAUUUGCUUAUUCACUGCUGUGUGAGGAAGGUCUUUUGAAUCAGCCAGCCCACCACAUUUAUAAUCCAGAUGCCUUGCAAAUGCACCAUCCUCCUCCUCCCCGCAGCCCUCGAUUCCACUGUCUAUUCCAUCAGAGUCUUGCUAUUAAAUUGCUCAUCCAAUUCACUGCCUGCAGCCCCACCACUCAUCUUUGUCUCGACUUGCAGUCCACAGCAUGGAACCCCACGCUCCCAUUUCUCCUGACUCAAAUCUCUUGCACAUUCCAUCCUCAACUUCUCUGGAGUAACUUUUUGGGCGCCCCCUUUCAGAGGGUUCUUCUAUGUUCUGCUCCCACCUUGCUUAAGUCUCAUUGCAGUGUCUGGGCAUGUUUUAAAUGUGAACAGUGUGAUCUAAUUGCAGCAUCAACCAGAGGGACUGCCCCUUCCAGCCUCUUGUACACAACUAGACAUGACUCUUCCAUUGUGAAUCAGCUAAAUGGGACCAAAUGCUUCUCGCUGUUUUUUUACAAAGUAAGUUUUAUAAAAAUGGUGAUUUCGGUUUGAGUUAAGGAUGAAGAAGAUACUGUGAUGAAGAAGAUAAAGCAGAUGGCUCCAAUUAAACAACUAACACUUCAACAGCAAAACCUUGUGCUUUGCUGCUUUACCUGUGGUUUAUUUUCUACAAUUAGUUUUGCUCAACUUUGAGAACCUGACUGCUGACCAGUGAACAAUUACUAACUCGGCCCAACGUUCAUUCACCUUUUCCAUGACUGACUGCAAGAAAAAGCCUGGUCUGUUCGCCCAUCAGUCUGGCCGUGCCCAAUCUAACAUCACUCACUCAUGGUUCAAUAUUGUGGACUGCGUGAUUUUAAACACAAUAUUGCUACAGAUAUACAGACCUAGAAAUCGUUUGGUUUGUAACCACUUCUUCAAAUGUUUAUGUGCCAGUUUUGAUCGAGGCUGCAGGAAUGCAACACUAAUGUGCAGAUCAAAAUGCAGAAUCUUGGUUCCUGUUCGUGCCAUCGCAGCUAAUGUUGGACCAAACUAAUGCAACCUCCACCACCUCUCACCAUGGCAGAAGCUUUAAAGGGAAAACAGAGAUGUACUAUUGAACCAGUGGAAUUGAUCUACCCUCGAGCAUGGCGUGUCUUGAUGGCACAGCGUGCUGUCUGGUUGACACCUGAAAAUGAAUGAUCAAGAGGGGUGUAGUGUGUAUGUCGAGUGAACCGUCCACAUGUAAAGUGUUUGUGCUGUACAACACAAUGUCUGAACUGAUAUAUUCAAGGGACAGGAAUCUUUUGAU